AUUACCAAAAAUAAUAAAUAAUAUUCUAAUUAAAAAUAUAAUAAUAUUAGUAAAGGAACGUGAUAAUAAUAGUACACAGAUAUCAAAUAAUUCACAGCAUAUGAAUCAUUCAACAGAUAUAGUAUCAAAAGUAGAUAUUAAUGAGAGUUCCUUGGUUGAAGUAUCUAAUAGAGUAGCCGAACUGACAGUAGAUAAUGUACAUGAGUUUAUUGAAAAUCACGAACAGAGUUAUUUGUUGCAACUACAAAUUAAUAAUUCAUCAAAUAUAGCUGAUAUAAAUGUCUGUAACUCAGUUAAUGAUAAGUAUACUAAUACAGUGUUACAAAUUAAAAAAGAUGAUAAAUCUGUUUCUCAUAAAAAAAGAAACUGGUUUGGACAAAAUGAAGAAAUGCUAUUGAAUAAGACUGGUAAUAAAAAAUUUAAACUCGAUAGAACAUAUAUACAACAAAAAAGUUUCAGUAUGAAAAAUAAUUUUCUAUUUAACAAUAAUAACUCUAAUUCAUUUUCCAAAUGUGAUAACGUAAAUGUAACUGAUAAUAAUAUGUUACAAAAUACAGAUAAUCAUAUAACUUUGAAUUCUAAUAAUGAUACUAAUAGUAAUACUUCAUAUAAAAUACAAAUUAUACAAGAAUCAAUGAAGGCUGGUUUUGAUACAAAGAAGGAUGUUUCUAAUAGUUCAUACACAAUAUUUGAUUUAGAUAAUGAAAAGAAUGAAUCGAUACCAACGAAAGAAUAUAGUACAAAUACAGAAAAUAUUGAUGAAGACAAUUUGAAUGAAGAUAGAAUAUCAGCUUGCAGCAUACAACUAAAUGACCAAAAGCAAGUAGAAAAUAGAACACAAGGUGAUAGUAGUGACGAUGAUUGUAUUUCCUUAUAUGCCGAAACAUUCACAUCUCGAGAUGAGACUUUUAUAUUAAAUAAUGAGACUAAAGCAAUGACUGAUUGUAAAAUGAUAGAGAAAGAUCAGAAUACUUUUGGUACAAAUAUACGACAUAAUAUUUUAAAAUGCACUAAAACAUUUGAUACUAUUGCAGAACCAGAUAUUUCAAUAAAUAAAGAAUUUUCAAAUUCGGAGGGCAUAAUAAAAUAUGACAAUAUACAAACAAGUCAUAUUUCUUCUACGGAAAUAUUACUUGCUAAUUCUAAAACUAUCACUUCUAUUGAUUCUGUUUCAGUAAAUAAUAACAAAGACUCGCUUCUUAAUAGUAAUUGUAAUGCAUACAAUGCUAAUAUUGUUUCUAAUGAUAAAACUGUAAUUCAACAUAUUGAGAAAAUACAAUUAUGGAAAUACAAGAUAUAUAUAAAGGGAUAUUGUUAUGGAAUGAUAAAAAAUGGUCUUUGCCUUAAAAAGAAGUGUUAUUACGAACAUGAUUUACAAAAAUUAAUUGAUAAAAUUAUUUAUGAAUAUAAACAACAUCUUACGGAUAUAAUAGAUUAUUUAUGGUCUUUGAGACAUAUAUAUUUUGUAGAAAUACUAUAUAUUCGUAUUGUAGAAGAACUUGAUAUAACUUCUAUUAUGAAUAUAUAUGAAAAGUUUUAUUUACAAAAAAAAGUAAAUUUACAAGUUAUUUCUGCUACUAUAAGAGCAUUCUUGAAUAAGGGAAUGAAUCCAAGUCAUGUAGUAAAUAAUUUAUGCAAAACUCUUACUUGUAAUGAUAAAUUAACACCAUAUUAUAUAUUAAUUUCAAUCAAACAAAGAAUAAAGUCUGAUGAAUAUUGGAACACCUUGCGUACUCUAAUUAAAUUUAUAAAGCCAGACAAAGAAAUUAUUGAAACAAUAUUAAAUGAUUGCAUAAUAAAUCGCCGUAAUAUUCAAGAUGUUUACGUAAAUCUAAUAAAAAAGUUACAUACUAAUGAAAUAUAUCAAUUGGAUACAAAUUUAAUAUCAUCUUUUAAUAAUUUAUUACAACAUGAAUAUCAAAAUUGCUAUGAUGAAAUGUCUCCAAGAUCAGUAGAUAAUAAUGAAAGCUUUUAUAAUAAAUCAUAUACGUUACAUUCAAUUAGUAAUUUAUCUAAACCACAUUCUCUGUACAGAAAUAGAUUUCGGAACUUAUAUCUGAUGCUAAAUAAUCUAGAGGAAAAAUUAUUACAUGAAGAUUAUGACUAUGUUAUUAAUAUGUUAAAUAUAUAUCAAGAAACAGAUGAUAAUCAAUCAUUAUAUUCUCGUUGCUGUUUUCGAAUAUUCUGUGCGGAAAUAAAGCAUUCAGAAUAUCAUAUAUCUAAGAUAAUUAAACGUGCAGUCCAAACAGGUGCAAUCAAUGAAGUAUGUAAAAUAUUAUUGGAUGUUGCCAUAUAUAUUUUAACGAGAUUAGUUGUAGAUGAAAUUUGGAUACAAGCAUAUAAAUUACUAAAAACCUUACAAAUAUGUAAUGUACAUUAUGAUGCUGCUUUUGUUAUCUUGUCAGCUGAAAUUUAUUUAGCAAAUAAUCAAGCUAUUACAGCAUUCAUGUUACUUAAGCAAAGCAAUAUAAUAAGUACAAAUCGUAAAAAUUGGAAUGUCAUAAGUAAUUCUGAAGAUUAUUAUCUUAGAACAAAGAUAAUAAACAUUUUAUUGGAUGCACUUUGUGAAAAAUCUUCAGAAUAUGUAUUUUUUAUGUUUCAAUUUUUAAUCAAAGAUCAAGCUAAUAGUUUUGAGCCUAUAAAUCUUGCAUGUUAUGUAGACAAAUUGAUGCUAAAAUUUUUAACAAAAAAAGAAACUGAGUUGAUUGUUAAAAUGGGAUAUAUGAUAAUUGAAUAUAACUUCACAUUUGCUAAUAAUGUGACGUGUCGUGCUGCAAUAGCAACUUUAGUUCACAGUAAUAUGAUACUUGCUGAACGUUUGUAUCAAUAUGCAUCCGGUCUUGGCAUAUAUAGGACAAUAGAGAUAUCAUCUUUUAUACAAAUCUUAAUAAAUGCUGAUUGGGUAGAAGAAGAAAUAUAUCUAAUGUUUCUGGGUUUUUUUCGAAGACUCGCCAUGAAUGUCGGUCAUAGUAUCGAUCGUUUUAACUCUACGCAACUAUCUAUAUAUAUUAUUUUUGAGGAUAUACCAACAGAAGCAAACCUUUAUCAUGAAAAAUCCUAUGAUCAAGAAAAAAAACAAAUAAACAUUAGUAAACAAUUGGUAAGGCAGGUAUUACGUACUCGAUUUGAUCCAUCAUUAACAAUGAUAGGAAAAAUAAAUGAUACAAUAAUGCAAUUGAACAUUAUGUCAGUUAUAGAUUAUUUAAAGUUUGUAUUGUAAAAACUAUAUUUGAUAAAAAUGUAUACUUCAAAGAUAUUGUUUCAAUCCAGAUAUAUAUAAAAAUUUUAUAAUAAGAUUAAGAACAAUUCUUUAAA